AUGAUCGCCUCGCACUUGCUGGCCUACCUGUUCACCGAGCUCCACCACGACCAGGCGCAGCGGGUUGACAAGUACCUUUAUCACCUACGGCUUUCAGAUGACUCCCUCCGUGACAUCUCGGAACGGUUCCAGAAGGAAAUGGAGAAGGGCCUGGGGGCAGACACCAACCCUACGGCUUCUGUGAAAAUGCUGCCAACCUUUGUGAGGUCCAUUCCUGAUGGAACAGAGGAGGGUGACUUCUUGGCAUUGGAUUUUGGUGGCACAAAUUUCCGGGUGCUCAGAGUCAAAGUUGCAGAAAACGGCAGCAAGAAGGUUGAGAUGGAAAAUCAGAUCUAUGAUAUUUCGGAAGAACUGAUGAGAGGCUGUGGGACACAGCUCUUUGAUUACAUUGCUGACUGUUUGGCUAACUUCAUGGAGCGGCUGCAGAUAAAGAACAGGAAGCUGCCAUUAGGCUUUACCUUCUCCUUUCCCUGCCGCCAGACCAAACUGGACGAGAGCUUCUUGGAUACGUGGACCAAAGGUUUCAAGUGCAGUGGUGUGGAAGGAAAGGACGUGGUUUCUCUGUUACGGAAAGCUAUAGAGAAGCGAGGGGACUUUGAAAUUGAUGUUAUAGCUGUGGUGAAUGACACUGUUGGGACAAUGAUGACCUGUGGCUAUGACGACCAGAACUGUGAAGUUGGACUUAUUGUUGGCUCUGGGUCAAAUGCUUGCUACAUGGAGGAUAUGCGUCAUAUUGAGAGAGUGGAGGGCGACGAGGGCCGCAUGUGCAUCAACAUGGAGUGGGGAGCCUUUGGAGAUGAUGGAUCCCUCAAGGAUAUCCGGACAGAGUUUGACCAAGAGAUUGACAUGGGCUCCCUGAAUCCUGGCAAGCAGCUGUUUGAGAAGAUGAUCAGUGGGCUGUACAUGGGCGAGCUGGUCAGGCUCAUCCUGGUGAAGAUGGCCAAGGAGAAGCUUCUCUUCAGCGGGAGAAUCCCUGACACCUUGAGGAAGAAGGACUGCUUUGAGACCAAAUACGUCUCUGCCAUCGAGAAGGAGAAAGAAGGCAUCUCGAACGCCCGCAAGAUCUUGGAACAGCUGGGCCUGGAGCCUUCCUACGAGGACUGUGUGGCCACCCAGCGCGUCUGCCAGAUUGUCUCCACCCGCUCGGCAAACCUUUGUGGGGCUGCCCUGGCCGCUGUGCUCCACCGCCUGAAGGAGAACAGGGGGGUCGACUGGCUGCGCACCACCGUCGGGGUGGAUGGCACCGUCUACAAAAAGCACCCUCAUUUUGCCCACCGCCUUCACAAAGUGGUACGUCGCCUCCUGUCUGGCCACGAAAUCCGAUUUGUCCGGUCAGAAGAUGGAAGCGGCAAGGGAGCUGCCAUGGUGACGGCGGUGGCAUAUCGGCUGGCUGCCCAGCAUGGGGCCCGCCAGAAGAUCCUCCGCCCUCUCCGACUGGACCCCCAGCAGCUGCUGGAGGUGAAGAGGAGGAUGCAGCAAGAGAUGGGGUUGGGCCUGGCCCAGGAGACGCACGCCAAGGCCACUGUGAAGAUGCUGCCCACCUACGUGUGUGCCACUCCGGAUGGGACAGAAAAAGGAGACUUCCUGGCCUUGGACCUGGGGGGCACCAACUUCCGUGUGCUUCUGGUGCGCAUACGAAAUGGGAUGCGGCGCAGCGUGGAGAUGCACAACAAGAUCUACACAAUUUCAGAAGAUAUUAUGCAAGGAACAGGAGAGGAGCUCUUUGAUCACAUCGUUAACUGCAUUUCGGACUUCCUGGAGUACAUGGGGAUGAAGGGCACUUCGCUUCCCCUAGGAUUUACCUUCUCUUUCCCUUGUCAGCAAAACAAACUUGAUGAGGGCAUUCUCCUGCAGUGGACCAAGGGAUUCAGUGCUUCUGGCUGUGAAGGAGAAAACGUUGUGGGACUGCUGAAGGAAGCCAUGCUCAGAAGAAAGGAGUUUGAACUGGAUGUGGUAGCUUUGGUGAACGACACAGUGGGCACCAUGAUGAGUUGUGGGUAUGAAGACCCUCUUUGUGAAGUGGGACUUAUUGUUGGAACUGGCACCAAUGCCUGCUACAUGGAGGAGAUGAGGAAUGUGGAGCUGGUGGCCGGGGACAAAGGCAGGAUGUGUGUCAAUAUGGAGUGGGGGGCCUUUGGGGACAACGACUGUUUGGAGGCGUUCUGGACAGAGUUUGACGCCAUUGUGGACAAGAAUUCCCUCAACCCUGGGAAGCAACGAUUUGAGAAGAUGAUCAGUGGGAUGUACCUGGGAGAAAUUGUCCGCAAUAUCCUGAUCGAUUUCACCAAGCAAGGACUGCUCUUCCGUAGGAGAAUCUCUGAACGGCUAAAGACCAAGGGGAUCUUUAAAACCAAGUUCCUGUCUCAAAUUGAGAGUGAUUGCCUGGCGCUGCUUCAGGUCCGGCACAUCCUUCAGGACCUUGGUCUGAAGAGCACAUGUGACGACAGCAUCAUUGUGAAGGAGGUGUGCACUGUGAUCGCUCAACGUGCCGCUCAGCUGUGUGGGGCAGGAGUGGCCGCAGUGGUGGACAAGAUCCGAGAGAAUCGAGAGUUGGAUUUCCUUAAGGUCACCGUCGGUGUGGAUGGGACCCUCUACAAACUCCAUCCUCACUUUUCCAAGGUGAUGCACGAAACCGUGAAGCAGCUUUCGCCCAAGUGUGAGGUGACCUUCCUUCAGUCCGAGGACGGCAGCGGGAAGGGGGCGGCCCUUAUCACUGCGGUGGCAUGUCGGAUGCGGGAUGCUGGCCAGCACUGAGAGGGCCCCCCGAACACCCAGGCCUGGCUGCUCCUCCCUCCCU